CACCGCGUUAGAGGAUUGGCCGAGAAAAAGUUUUAUCUUAUCUCCACAUGACUUUUCACGCGCCCAAGUUGCGCGACUAUAAAAUCAAAGCAGAUUUUCUUCGACUGACAUUCAAUGUAAGUGAACAACAGACAAUAUUUAAUAUGCUAAAACUCGCUAUUUUCGCACUGACCGUUACGGUAGCCCUGGCCAGCAGCGAGGCCAACUGGGUCGUCUUUAAAAGCAAACACAACAAAACCUACUCCGGCGCUGAAGAUGUCGUCAGACGACAGAUCUGGUUGUCGAACUUGGCUACAAUUGAAGCCCACAACGAGCUUUACGCCAAGGGCUUGUCGUCCUUCUAUCUGGGCGAGAACAAAUACGCUGAUAUGACUUCCGAGGAAUUCGUUCGCACAAUGAACGGCCUUCGUGUGAAUCGCCCUUUGACCCCGGGAAACUACGAGAGUGGCGCCCUCAGAGCUGUGUUGCCAGACUCAGUCGAUUGGCGAAAAGAAGGCUACGUCACAGACAUCAAGGAUCAAGGUCAAUGUGGCUCAUGCUGGGCUUUCUCCACAACAGGCUCACUCGAAGGUCAACACUUCAAGGCCACAAAAAGUCUAGUCAGCCUGUCAGAGUCCAAUCUGGUAGACUGCUCUCAAAAGCAGGGAAACCAAGGUUGUAAUGGAGGUCUGAUGGAUCAAGCCUUCCAAUACGUCAUCGACAAUAAAGGUAUCGAUACCGAGCAGAGCUAUCCAUACAAACCAGAAGACAGGAAAUGCCGCUUCAAGAAGGAAACUAUUGGUGCCACAGACAAGUCUUACAAGGACGUUACAAGCGGAAGUGAAGACGCUCUGCAAGAAGCUGUCGCCACGAUCGGACCCAUCAGCGUGGCCAUUGAUGCCAGCCACAACUCCUUCCAGCUGUACGCAGGCGGCGUGUACGACGAGAAACAGUGCAGCUCCACCCAGCUCGACCACGGUGUGCUGGCAGUUGGAUAUGGCUCAGAGAACAACAAGGACUACUGGAUCGUCAAAAACAGUUGGGGCAAGUCAUGGGGCCAAGAAGGAUACAUUCUCAUGUCCAGAAAUAAGAAGAACCAGUGUGGUAUCGCCACAAUGGCCAGCUACCCUAUUGUCUAGUGUCAACCAGUUAUCUUUUUUCCUAUUGAAAUGAUUAAACUUUCACAUUGUAA